AACCGAUGUAAUCACCUUAGUCAUAAGCAGCAUUGAUUUCAAAUCGUACAAGUCACAUUUUUUUUCACGCUCUGAUACAAAUAAUAAAUACAAAUACAUUUUAAAUAUUUUACGUUGCGCGCCUUUCUCUGACCUAUCGAUAUGUGGGCGGCCAAACUGAUUGUGGUCACACUGAUGCUGCUGCAUCUGGCAACCCUGGCGCUCAGCUGUUCUUGCAGCAAAGAGGCGAAUUUGGAGUGCGGAUGCACAAAACAUCAUUAA